AUGCUAGGCCACGGGGGUACAGAGACAAGAAAAGGAGACCCUGCCUUCAAACAGUUUAACUUCUACUCCGAAGAGGGGGACACACAGGUCUUGGGGGGACACGCAGGUAUCGGAGGAGGAAGCAGACACUCAUGGCCCCAGGAGGAGGAGGCCCCUGAGCUGAGCCUUAAAGGGAGUCUCAUCCCCCAUCCUGGGACAGCAGGUAAAACGGGUCCUUCUCCAAGCGGAGCCUUGGAGGGCCUGGCCGGCACCAUUACCUCCAACGAGUGGAACUCUCCCACCUCCCCUGAGGGGAGCAACGUCUCCCAGGGCAGUGAGACUUUGGACAAACCCAUCGUCAAUGAUGCAUAGGGUGUGUGGAGUCCUGACAAUGAGCAGAGCUUCCAAGAGGCCCUUGCCAUCUACCCACCCUGUGGCAGGCGCAAGUUCAUAUUAUCAGAUGAGGGCAAGAUGUAUGGCCGGAACAAGCUGAUUACUCACUACAUUAAGAUCCAGACUGGGAAAACUCGAACCAGGAAGCAGGUAUCUAGCCACAUCCAGGUGCUGGCCCGUCGGAAAGCCCGGGAGAUCCAAGCCAAGUUAAAGCAGCUAGGAAAGGAUCAGGCAGCUAAGGACAAAGCCCUGCAGAAUAUGAAAACCAUGUCAUCUGCUCAGAUCAUCUCUGCUACAGCCUUCCACAAUAAAAUGGCCCUUACCCGGGGACCAGCCUACCCAGCAGUCUCAGGGUUUUGGCAAGGAACUUUGCCAGGCCAAGCCGGAACGUCCCAUGAUAUGAAACCUUUCUCUCAACAAACCUAUGCUGUUCAGCCUCCGCUCCCUCUGCCAGGGUUUGAAUCUCCUGCUGGUUCCACCCUGUUGCCAUCAACCCCUCCAUGGCAAGGCCGAAGUGUGGCCAGCUCCAAGGUCUGGAUGUUGGAGUUCUCUGCCUUCUUGGAGCAGCAACAAGACCCAGACACGUAUAACAAGCACCUGUUUGUACACAUUGGCCAGUCCAGUUCCAACUACAAUGACCCCUACCUCGAAGCGGCGGACAUCCACCAGAUCUACGACAUUCCAGAUAAGAAGGGAGGACACAAGGGGCUCUUUGAACGAGGACCCUCAAAUGCCUUCUUCCUCGUCAAGAUCUGGGCUGACCUCAACACCAACAUCGAGGACGAAGGCAGCGCUUUUUAUGGGAUCUCCAGUCAGUAUGAGAGUCUUGAGAACAUGAUCAUCACUUGCUCCACCAAAGACUGCUCUUUUGGCAAACAGGUUGUGGAGAAAGUAGAGACAGAGUACGCCGGCUAUGAGAAUGGCCACUACUCCUACUGGAUUCAUCGGUCUCCUCUCUGUGAAUAUAUGAUCAACUUCAUCCAGAAGCUAAAGCACCGGCCAGAGAAAUAUAUGAUGAACAGUGUAUUGGAGAACUUGACUAUACUGCAGGUGGUCACCAACAGAGAUACCCAAGAAACCCUACUAUGUAUUGCAUAUGUGUUUGAAGUGUCUGCAAGUGAGCAUGGAGCCCAACAUCACAUCUACCGGCUGGUGAAAGAAUAA